AUGGAUGACCUUCUGCUCGACGCUCUCACACCGGUCCUCAGCAUCCCGAGACUCCCUGCCGCGUUGUCCGCUCUGAUUUCGCGACCACCCGCAGCUCGGCGGGAAGACCAUGAUAGACGACGUGAACAGCUCUCGUCACAUGCCGACGCGUUCCGCAGAUCUCUCGGCAGGAACCGGCCAAGAUACGAGGACGACGAAGAGAGGGAGAAGCUGGGCGGCCUGAGACAGUGUGCCUGGACGUGCCUGGACAAGGGCGUCGUCGAUGGCGACGAGGAUGAUCAGCGCUCAGAGUUGCGGAUUGGGAAAAAAGGAAAGCGGAAAAGAGCAGGAGGAGAUGAUUAUGAUGAUGACGACGGUGGACGCGCACAACUCAGAGGCCUUGCCGUGUCCCUAGUCUACGAGAAAGACACAUUCCGGUUCGUGAUAUACACCAGCGCUCCGAGAUCCGACCGCUCGAUGAAGCGCAAGCGGACCGCUGCCACGAGAUAUCAGCGCACCGCCGCAGAGUCGAGGGAAGAGAGCGCAAUAUUGCUCCCAAAGUCCUCACCGGCUGCUCUGAAAUCAUUUACCGACUAUCUCCGCGACGCAUUCGACGUCACCGCUAUAUAUCCCCUCGAGCUGCCGUCGAGUCUGAUGCAGUCGACGCUGGAACAGUAUUUGGAAACAAUCCGCGCUUCUCUUUUCGAGGCUGCCGGCGGCGGCAGCAGCAGCAGCAGCAGCGCGCAAGCCCUCCUUCAACAGAACUUCAGCACCAUCAUCGGCAAAAUCGAGCUCACCAUCGCUUUCUCCCAACCCGUGUCCAAGGGUCUGAAAUCCAUGCAUGCAGCCAUCCCCGCCACCGCGUACCUUGCAUGGUACAAGUCCCCCGCCGAGAAGACCUCCUCGCGAGGAGAUAACCGCCGCGGGCAGCGCAAGACAGCGUUCCUGGGCUCUCUGGCCGGCUGGAUCCGAGGAAUGUCGGGCCUCUGCCUACCUAUUCUGAACGAGAAGGAACCCCUGAUUCCCGAGAGUGACAAUGACCGUGAUGAUAGCGACAACAAUGAUGACGACGACAAUUCUUUAAACACCACUGAUACUCCCAGCAAUAAAGACGCGCAGCUAGGUCCGAUGGCGAUGAAGAUAUCCCGAAUCUCAAACGAAGCGUACACCAUCUCCGCGACCUCGGGGUUGAAAUUCAAGUCCCGAGCCGUUCAUGCCUUCGACGAUAUCAUCAGCGCGGACCCGGACCGGGGCGAAGAAGGGAAAGAAAACUGCGUCCGGCGCGCAAAUCAGGAAUUGCUGUUAGCUCUCAUCGACUACGUGCGUCGUGAAGCCGGCCAAGGCUAA